AUGGAUGUCAGUGAGAUGACUGAGAAGGUCAGGUCAGAACUGACCUGUUCUAUCUGUUUGGACCUCUUCACCCAGCCAGUGACCCUUGACUGCGGGCAUAGCUUCUGCAGAGAGUGUGUUCUUCGGAGCUGGCAGGAAGCCCAAGUCCCAUGGACAUGCCCACUGUGCAGGGCAAGCAGUCAGCCCAGAGCCUUAGAGCCCACCCAGGUCCUGGAGGCCCUGGCCUCCAGCAUCAGCAGGCAGCUGAGACUUCCCAGAGAUGUGGGUGGCCAGGCCAGGUGUGGCCAACACCAAGCCGUUCAGAAGCUGUUCUGUGAAGAUGAUUUCAGCCCACUCUGUGUCUUGUGCUUACUCCCUCAAGAACACGAAGGUCAUCGUGUGUAUCCCCUGGAAGAGUCUGCGGAGACCUGCAAGGCACAGCUGCAGGAAGCCCUUGGCCAGGCCUGGGCCAAGGCGAGGGAGGCUCACAUGUUGCUGGAGCAGGAGAGAGAAAGGAGGCUGAGGUGCCGGAGGGAGGCUGCCACUCUGAAGCGGGUCAUCUUGCCAGAAUAUAUCAAGACCCACCUUGUGUGGACAGAGGACCAACAACAGGAUCUCCUGGACAAGGAAAAGAGAAGGAAUGUGAAGAGAUUAUGGACCAGUGAGGCCAGAAUCUCCAAGUAUGUCCAAAGCCUCAGGAAGCUGAUUGAGGAGCUCGACAAGACUUUGGAGCAGCCCCUGGUGGAGAUGCUCCUGGCCGGGAGGAGCACUUUGGAAAGGAGUUGGGAGCUGCUGCUUCGGUGUCCAGAGCCUGCUGCCCUACGCUGGACUCUGUGUGGAACCACUGGAAUGAGGGAGCUCCUACUGGCCUUCCAGAGCCACAUCAUUCUGGAUCCGGGAACAGCCCAUUCCAAUCUCAGCAUCUCUGCAGAUCUGAAGAGCGUGAGGCUUGCUAGCCGUUGGUGGGACCUUCUGGACAACCAGCAAGAAGAGGUGGAGCGUCUUCUUUGUGUGCUGGGUGCUCAGAGCUUCACCUCAGGGAGCCAUUAUUGGGAGGUGGAGGUAGGAAGCAAGACAGAGUGGGAAGUGGGCAUCUGUACAGGGCCAGGAAACAACCAGGGCAGCAUCCAUGGGGAUGUGCUCUCCCUCUCUUGCCUCAACAUGGGAGAACAAUUUGAACUGUGGAUCUCUCACACCAUGGAAGACCUUGAGGAUACAGGACCCCUGCACAGGCUGGGCAUUUUCCUCCAAUACGAAGCGGGACACCUGUCAUUUUACAAUGUGACCCAGGGCUGCCUGAUCUACGCCUUUCCCCCGGUCACCUUCCAAGGUCCUCUCAGGCCUUUCUUCUCCCUUGGCCUGAUGCAGGAGGAGAAUGAGCCCAGCCCUCUCACCAUCUGUCCACUGAGCCCUCAUCCCUGA